AUGACCACUGCUCUGCGCCGCUCUGUGUCUACUGGUCUCUCUCCUGCCCCUCGCUUGUGCCCCUUUCAGGAGACUUUUGAGUCGACUCAAAAGUCGGCCGAUGACGACUGCUCUGCACCCCUCUUUCUCUACUGGUCUCUCUCCUGCCCCUCCCUUGCGCCCCUCUCCUCGCCUGUGUCUCUUCCUCCCAGGGAAUGCCCUACUCGCCAUCAGGGACGAGAUGAACUUCGUGGGAAUGCCCUACUCGCCAUCAGGGACGGGAUGGAUUUCGUGGUUCCCAGCCGCAGCCCCAAGGCGUACUGGACGGCCAAUGACGACUGCUCGACCUCUCCUUGCUACCAUCGGCAACUUAACUCGUUCAACACACACCUCUCCUCUCCCUUUCUUUCAGUCUCUUCCUGCACCUACACGCCGCAUCCUCCUCUCUUUGCCACCAGGUACCUGUGCAUUGCGCUGGGACCUCUCCCUGCUGCCAUGGCUCGCAUCCCACUCGUGAUCUCCGCGUGUGUCGUGUCCACUUGCUUCUUCUCCCUCACGCCUCAUCCUCCUCUCUUUGCCACCAGGUACCUGUGCAGUGCGCUGGGGCCUCUCCCUGCUGCCAUUGGCAACCUCACUUGUAUCGUGUGUUUGUUCUUUGUUCUGUAUGCAUGCCCACCUUCUCCCUUCAUCCCCAUUCUCACCAGGUACCUCUUCAAUGCACUGGGGCCUCUCCCUGCUGCCAUCGGCAACCUCACUUGUAUCUUAGUCCCUCUGUACCUCUUCAAUGCACUGGGGCCUCUUCCUGCUGCCAUCGGCAACCUCACCUUCCUAUCUGCCAUGUGA